UCCCGUUGCUCUGCAUUUAUAAGGCGCCCCGGUGCGCGGAAAGGCACAAGCAUGCCUCGUCUCUAGAGAGGCAGAGCGCGUCGCUGGUUUCCUUUUUGGAUGAAAGACCUGUGCAGCCGCUGCUGAGGAAGAGCGCAGGAGUUUUACCCCAAGUUGACUGCAGCAGGUCGUUGUGACGGCGACCUUGUUCUCAGGGAAACAUCCCUGGGGACACACAUAUACUCACACGCAAGCACACACACACAGGCACCAUGCAGGAGUCAGAGCCCACAGUGUGCCAGCUGCAGCCCAACAUCAUCUCAGUGCGUCUUUUCAAGAGGAAGGUCGGUGGUCUGGGCUUUCUGGUGAAGCAGAGGGUGUCCAAGCCGCCUGUCAUCGUGUCUGACCUCAUCCGUGGCGGUGCGGCAGAGGAGUGCGGCCUGGUGCAGGUGGGUGACAUCGUUUUGGCUGUCAACAACAAGCCCCUGGUAGACCUGUCCUACGAACGGGCCCUGGAGACGCUGAAGAACGUUUCCCCUGAGAGCCACGCUGUGCUGAUCCUCCGUGGGCCUGAGGGCUUCACCACCCACCUGGAGACCACCCUGUCUGGAGAUGGCCGCCAACGCACAGUGAGGGUCACACGUCCCGCUUUCCCACCCUCAAAGUCCUACGAGCACUGCUCCCCUCUCAGCCCAUUCAGCCCCGGGCAGCAGCAGCAGGUCAACAAGGAGCCCCAGCUUAGGGCCAUUGAGAACCUAUCCUCUCCGUCCAUCACUCAGUCGCUCCUGCAGAGGGGAGGCGUGCAGGUCCAGGACCCCCUGCUGACGAGGGACGGAAGCCGCGGCACUCUCCUGUGCAAUGGGCUGGAGGAGAACAAUGAGCUGCUGAAGGAGAUCGAACCGGUGCUGCGCCUCAUCAAAAACAGCAAAAAGGAGAUCAAUGGAGAAGGACAGAGGAAUGUGGGGAGAAGAGACGCCGAGAUUCAAGUGGCCUGGGACCUCGGCGUGGGAAAUGGCACGUCUCCUCAGCUGCCGUCAGAUAACAAGAGAAUUCUGGAAAACAUGCCGGUGGUGGACCACAACGCCGACACUGACAUGCCCCCGGCCCAGGGCAGGACCUCACCCACCAAGUCACUGCAGAAUGGCAGCCCCUCCAAGUGCCCCCGCUACAUCAAGAUAAGGAACUGGGAGACUGGCACCGUCUACAGCGACACGCUCCACCACAGCUCCAGCAAGAUGCCAAUGUGCAGUGAAAAUGUGUGCCACGGCUCUGUGAUGGUGCCCACCCAGCACGUCCGCAAAUCAGACGAGGUCAGAACCAAAGAGGAGCUUCUUCCACUGGCCACUGACUUCAUAGACCAGUACUACACCUCCAUCAGAAGGAAUGGCUCUAAGGCACAUGUGGACAGGCUGGAGGAGGUGACCAAGGAGAUCGAAGCUUCAGGAACGUACCAGCUGAAAGACACUGAACUGAUUUAUGGGGCCAAGCACGCCUGGAGGAAUGCUGCCCGCUGCGUAGGGAGGAUCCAGUGGUCCAAGCUACAGGUUUUUGAUGCCAGAGACUGCACAACAGCUCAUGGAAUGUACAACUACAUCUGCAACCACAUCAAGUACGCCACCAACAAAGGCAACCUGAGGUCGGCUAUCACCAUAUUUCCUCAGAGGACAGAUGGCAAACACGACUUUCGAGUGUGGAACACUCAACUGAUUCGUUAUGCUGGCUACAAGCAGCCUGAUGGACAGAUCCACGGAGACCCUGCUAAUGUUGAAUUUACAGAGAUCUGCAUGCAGCUGGGAUGGAAAGCUCCGAAGGGUCGUUUUGAUGUCCUGCCUCUCCUGCUGCAAGCCAAUGGAAAUGACCCUGAGCUGUUUGAGAUUCCCGAAGACCUCAUCCUGGAGGUGCCGAUCACACACCCAAAGUACGAGUGGUUCAAGGAGCUGGAUCUGAAGUGGUACGGCCUCCCGGCGGUUUCCAACAUGCUGCUGGAGAUCGGUGGCCUGGAGUUCACUGGCUGCCCCUUCAGUGGCUGGUACAUGGGCACAGAGAUUGGCGUGAGGGACUUCUGCGACAGCUCACGCUACAACCUUCUGGAGGACAUUGCUAACAGGAUGGCCUUAGACACCAGGAAGACGUCCUCCCUUUGGAAAGACCAGGCACUGGUGGAGAUCAACAUUGCUGUUCUUUACAGCUUCCAGUCAUGCAAAGUGACCAUAGUGGACCAUCACUCAGCCACAGAGUCCUUCAUGAAGCACAUGGAGAAUGAGUACCGGGUGCGAGGUGGCUGUCCUGGAGACUGGGUGUGGAUUGUGCCCCCCAUGUCAGGAAGUAUCACACCGGUUUUCCACCAAGAAAUGCUCAACUACCGCCUCACUCCUUCCUUUGAGUACCAGCCUGAUCCUUGGAAUACCCACGUGUGGAAAGGAGUCAAUGGGACGCCCACAAAGAAAAGAGCUAUUGGAUUCAAGAAGCUUGCCAAGGCUGUGAAGUUCUCGGCCAAGCUCAUGGGCCAGGCCAUGGCCAAGAGGGUGAAAGCCACCAUACUGUUUGCCACAGAGACAGGCAAAUCGCAAGAUUAUGCCAAAACUCUGUGUGAAAUCUUCAAGCACGCUUUUGACGCAAAGGUCAUGUCAAUGGAUGAAUAUGAUGUGGUAGACCUGGAGCAUGAGACGCUGGUGUUGGUGGUGACCAGCACAUUCGGCAAUGGCGAUCCACCUGAAAAUGGAGAGAAAUUUGGAGGUGCCUUAAUGGAGAUGCGCCACCCGACAUCCAACACAGAAGAUAGGAAGAGCUACAAGGUCCGUUUCAAUAGCGUGUCAUCCUACUCUGACACUCGCAAGUCCUCCAGUGACGAGCCAGAAGCCAAGAUUAACUUUGAGAGCACCGGACCUCUCGCUAAUGUCAGGUUCUCAGUGUUUGGCCUUGGCUCCAGGGCCUACCCACACUUCUGCGCCUUUGCCCACGCUGUGGACACGCUGUUUGAAGAGCUGGGGGGGGAGCGCAUCCUACGCAUGGGGGAAGGAGAUGAGCUGUGUGGCCAGGAGGAGUCAUUCAGAACCUGGGCCAAGAAGGUUUUUAAGGCUGCAUGUGAUGUGUUCUGUGUUGGCGAUGAUGUGAACAUCGAGAAGGCCAACGAUUCUUUGAUCAGCAAUGACCGCAGCUGGAAGAAGAGCAAGUUCCGCCUCACGUACACAGCCGAGGCCCCGGCCCUCACAGAAGCAUUGUACAGUAUUCACAAGAAGAGGGUUUAUGGAGCAAAGAUGCUAGAGUCUCAAAACUUGCAAAGUCCCAAAUCCAAUCGCUCCACCAUAUUUGUGCGGCUCCACACAAACAACCACGACAGGCUGAGCUAUCAUCCCGGCGACCAUCUGGGCAUCUUCCCUGGCAACCACGAGGACCUGGUGACAGCUCUCAUAGAUAAACUGGAGGAUGCUCCACCUGUCAAUCAGAUAGUGAAAGUGGAGUUCCUGGAGGAGAGGAACACUGCCCUAGGUGUUAUCAGUAACUGGACAAAUGAGACUCGUAUCCCUCCCUGCACCAUCUACCAGGCCUUCCAGUACUUCCUGGACAUCACCACCCCACCGAGUCCUGUGCUGCUGCAGCAGUUUGCUGCUCUGGCAACCAAUGAAAAACAGAAAAAGAAACUAGAGAUCCUAAGUAAGGGCUUGCAGGAGUAUGAGGAGUGGAAGUGGUACAACAAUCCGACACUGGUGGAGGUGCUGGAGGAAUUCCCCUCUAUCCAGAUGCCCUCCACUCUGCUGCUCACCCAGCUGCCCCUGCUGCAGCCUCGCUACUACUCCAUCAGCUCCUCUCCAGACAUGCACCCAGGAGAGAUCCACCUCACUGUCGCUGUGGUCUCUUACCGUGCCAGAGAUGGAUCGGGGCCUGUCCACCAUGGAGUGUGUUCAUCGUGGCUCAACAGGAUAGAGAAGGGGGAGAUGGUGCCGUGCUUCGUCCGAAGUGCACCAUCAUUCCAACUUCCCAAAGACAACCAAGUACCUUGUAUCCUGGUUGGUCCAGGAACAGGUAUCGCCCCAUUCAGAAGCUUCUGGCAACAGAGACUGUAUGACCUUGAACACAACGGAAUUGAGUCGUACCCCAUGAUCCUGGUGUUUGGUUGUCGGCAGUCUGAGAUGGACCACAUCUACAAAGAGGAGACCAUUCAGGCCAAGAACAAAGAAGCGUUCAAGGAGCUCUACACGGCCUAUUCCAGAGAACCCGGCAAACCAAAGAAAUAUGUACAGGAUGUACUGCGCGAGCAGCUGUCAGAGACGGUGUACCAGUGCCUGAAGGAGGAGGGAGGACACAUCUACGUGUGUGGGGAUGUUACAAUGGCUGGAGAUGUUCUCAAGACUGUCCAGCAAAUCAUCAAGCAGCAGGCCAACAUGACCCUGGAGGAUGCUGGCUUCUUCAUCAGCAAGCUGCGGGAUGAGAACCGCUACCAUGAGGACAUCUUUGGUGUCACCCUGCGCACCUAUGAGGUCACCAACCGGCUUCGUUCAGAGUCCAUUGCCUACAUUGAGGAGAGCAAAAAGGACUCGGAUGAGGUUUUCUGCUCGUAGGUCUGUGAAUCGGGGGCUUUCUGACAACAACCAGUCUGGAGGACACAGCAACGCUGGUUAAAAAAAUACUGUGCCAAUUUUUGUACUGUAAAAAAAAAAGAUGGGUUUCUUUCUUCUUCUUUUUUUAUACCACUUUAAUGUUUCUGUUGGGCUCUGCAAUUUUGUCUGUAGCAAGUUGGAAAUGUUCUGUUCUCUGAGAAUCUGUUUUGCUCGUUGAUGAUACUUCCAAAAAUUAUAAAUUGAUCAUUUUUGAUUCAUAAUGUGUGCACCUAGUGUAAUGACCUGCCUCAUUGUGAAUGCAUGACCAAGACAAGAAUAUACUCAAGAAAUAUAAUAUACUCUGUGUUGUUGUUACAGUUAAAAGGCUUUUAUUGAGGUUUUAUAUUUAUGAGGAAACGUGUGGCAUUGUUAACAAACUCACAGACACUUCUGAAGUAUGAAUUAAGUCGACUUUAUGUUUCAGGAAAGAUUCAGGGCUGGUUAAAUCUACUUAGGCUGUUUUUUUGUUUUGUUUUUAUCAAAGGCUGUAGUUUCAGGAGAAGUUCAAAAGGGCAGAGAUAACUGAAAGAUGUACAGGCAUGCAGAUAGAAAAACUGAGAGAUGGAUUUUAUUUUUGUGAGCAAAUUUGUCGUGUUGACAGGUCGCCCUGAAUUAUGAAAACAGCGAUUCUGUCACAGCCUCAACUAACAUAUUAUCUAGCUCUUCACUGGCAGUCCAUCAAAAUGCAUCAGCCUCCGUGCCAGCUCUCUUUUUAGUGGCCUGUCCGUUCUCUCCCUAACACCAUAAUGUUAUGUGUCCCAGCUGGUGCUUGCACAACCCACAGCAGCUGCAUAGGAAUGUGCAGAGCAGCCACUAAAAAAGCAGUCUGAACCAGUGCUUAUUAAGAUGAACUCUAAUUAAUGGAAAAUAAAAUAUUCUGUAAACUUUUUCUUAGAUUUUAAAAUAUCUAACUAUUGAUGUGUUGACUAUGAUAACAGAAAACUCAUAUGUUAAAUCAUAUAAUCAUGGUGGAGGGACCUUGUUUUGAAAAAUUAUUUUUUUAACUGUGGAUAUUUAUUCAAAGCUUUUAUCAGUAGUUAUAAAUUAAAGGAAUUUUUUUUUUGGUGGGGGGUGUUAUGUUUAAUCUCUGAAAAGAGAAAAUUUUGAUACCACCCUCAUGUCUGUACGGUAAAUAUAAAGCUACAGCCAGCAGCCAGUUAGCAGGUGUCCAGACUGAAAGAGCCCUGUGUUAAAACAAUGCAAGAGAUUGCGUUGAUGGGGGGGGGGUGUUGUUUCAUGUAGUGGUGAGACAUGAAAUACCAUCCAGGAUGUCCAGUUUGAGUAACAGAGCCGUGAAUCUGAAGGAAAUAAAUGCAAAACUGCUAAAUUUAUAAUACUAUGAGAUAGGGUUUAACAACUCUGGGAAGUUGUCAUAUGUUAUAAUUUGUUAAGAUGAAGUUGUGUUGCAUUCAAAGACUGCAAAAAAGAAGUGAACGUAGCCACUAUGACGCCACCCAUUGGUUUGUGGGCUACUGUUCGGAAGUGUCAUCUUAGUUUGUUGGAGCUAGAGGUGACCAUAUUUGGGUGAGAGGGUGGGGCUGCGGAGGAGUGAGGAGUGGAUUUGACUAAGAACCCGAGGAAACUCUGUACGCCCAUCCAGUCCGGUAACCUGACUGCGCCUGGCUCCCGGCUACACCAUGCAGAAGUCACUGAGUUACCAUCUAGGGCUAGCUAGCUAGCUUGGUUAGCAAGGUGCAUCUGUAAUUCAUGUUAACUGUGAUGUAUAUAUACUGUAUAGUACUUUUCUGGUCUCCAGUCAAAGCGCUUUUACACUACAUGUCACAUUAACACACACUCACACACUGAUGGAGCAGCCAUUGAGAGCAAUUUGGGGUUCAGUAUCUCGCCCAAGGAUACUUGACAUGCGGACUGGAGGAGUUGGUGAUCAAACUGCCGAUCUUCUGAUUGGUGGACGACCCACUCUACCUUCUGAGUCAUAGCCGCCCCAGCUGAACACCUAACAACUGCUUAACCUGUUAGGGGCCGUGCUUGGUGCUGGAGCCUAUCCCAGCUGACAUUGUGUGAGAGGUAGGGUACACCCUGGACAGGUCGUCAGACUAUCACAGGGCUUAAACAUAGAGACAGACAACCAUUCAUGCUCACAUUCACACCUACAGACAAUUUACAGUCACCAAUUCCUUCUGAGCUAAAGCCCUGCCAACACCUAACAAGACAUUUUUAGGCGACAAACAUGUCACCAAUUAACUUUCAUAAAUUUGAAAACACCGACAACACCCCAAAGUAGUUUACACUCUAUCCUGACUGCCAGGUCACCGUGGUAGUGACUUGUCAACACAAGCUAGCAUCGCACUAAAGCAUACCCUGCUUAAUCAUGUAUUUUACUCUAAAUGGGACCAUAAUUCACCUAAUGAACAUCAGGUUGUAUUUAAAGAAUACUUAAGAGUAGCAACUAAGACCAAAGUGUUUACUGAGGUAAUAAAUCAAAUGAGAAGUUUGGUCAUUUUUACAGAGACCUCUGUACAAUCCGUUAUUUUUGCAGCCAGUGGAGUCGCCCCCAGCUGGCCAUUAGAAAGAAUGCAGCUUUAGAGCACUUUGCAUUGGCUUCACUUUUCAUUCUUGCAGGCUACGCCCACUUGUUGUAUACAGUUUGUGGUUGUGUUGCAACAAAAGUAAAGCCUGGUUCAACUUUUUGGGCGACCCUGCAUAUUUUUGCCCAAAAAAUUGCGUUGGCCCCUUGGCUGUCACUGGACAGGCUCCAUUGGAAUGAAUAAGAGUGGUAUGUUUUUAAAUGCAGGGCUAAGGUGGGUCUGAAUGCAGCCUUAGCUUAGCAUAACAACAGUGGCUCAGGAAGUAGAGCAGGUUGUAUGUGGUUCAAUCUCGGCUCCUUCAGUUCGCAUGUUGAGGUGACCUUGGGCAACAUACUUAACCCCAAAUUUUUCCUGAUAAGUGUGCCAUCAGUGUGUGUGAAUGUGGCAUGUUGUGUAAAAGUGCUUUGAGUGGUCGGAACAAAUCCAAGUCCACUUAUCAGCACCUGAAAUAUUGACACAUUAUAAUAUUUGUUUGUUUAAGCUGUUGAAAAAGACUGUGCCGGAUUUUUCUUGGCUGGGAGCAGAAAGUCACUGCUUCUGGCCCCAAAUGGUCCGUGUUAAUUAGUGAGCUUUAUUUCUAUUUGUACAAAGCCAAGCUAGCUGUUUCCCCUGUUUCCAGUCCAAGGCUUCUGGCUGUAGUGUCACAUUUACUGUACAAACAUGACAGCAGUAUAGAUUUUUUCAUCUUACUUUGUCAAACAAUUCCUUUAAGUGACACAUCUCUGUAACAAAACCUUGUUAAGUAAUGCAAAAAGAUGUCUUUUAUCACCCCGUGCUGCCCAGAUCAUUUCUGACAGCUAUCGAGCUUUUAAAAUUGGCAUUUAUCAGCAUCAUUACUCCUCUGCCUCUUGCCUUACAUUAACUCUCUGCCUCUGCCUACAUGCAGCACAUUCAUUCUUUCUUUUGUCUCUCUGCAUGAUUGUGCACAACCCUACGGCUCAUAUGCCACCCUUUCACUGUGACCUGACACCUGCUCAGUAGCAUCAGCAUGCAUGAGUGUGUGCGCGCAUGUGUGUGUGUGUGUGUGUGUGCCAUCGAAACCAUCUUACUGUAAGUGUGCGCAUCUCUAUACGAGUGGGUGUAAACCAUGCAUGUGCUCAAGUGUACGUUGUUACAUGGUUAUUCUGCUUGUUGCCUGUUACCUUGUCAAACUGGUCAGAUUUUAAAAUAAGCAUGAACUUCUUGUUGUGUGAGUCACACGAGCCUGCAGAUCUUACAGAUGGUGUUUUGGUAACAGGAAACUGCCCACAUGGCUUUAAGUUUCUUGAUCUCAGCAGUUCAGUUCUAUUGUGAUAAGUUCCAGUGAAGUUUUUCAUUCAGGGACAAGAGGCAAUCACACUGCCGCUGUGGUCAUUUGCUGCUUUCCAAUGAGUCAGGGUUGUACUUCGAAUAUAUUUGUGCAGGGGCCACGUUGUUUAUUGAUCACCCUCUCUGCGGUAACCUGUGGCUUUUCUUGUCAGCUUGUUUGUUCCCUUUCUUUGUCUGAUUCAAAUUAAAGAUUACUGUUAGCAUGAUUAACGGAUCUUAAUGUGAUUUUCAAACGUCCCUCACAGCAGAAUAUGUUUGGUUCUUUGGGGGUUUGUUUUAUUUUCUCGAUCAACUGUUUCCACUGCCGGGAGAAAAUGGGUGAUCCCCAGUGUUCCCCACUGUUGUUCAUUCUGGAUGAAUGUCUCCUCUGUAUAAUUUGUUUAAAAGGAUUUAGUUUAAUCGGAAUGAGAGCCGUCAAGAAAAUGUCUGUGAUGUAAAAUGUGCAGCAGGAAAACAAUUGAUACAAGAUAUAGCUUCUAUAUAUAGCUUCUAUAGAUAUAUAUUCAAAGACAAAGUAUAAAAUAUAAAGAGUACCACUUUGAUCUUUUCUAAGAAUGUAUUUUGAUUAUGUAAAUGAGCACUAUGAUUCUGCUUGAUUUAAAAAGAACAAAAAAAGGCCUAUUCUACGGUGUCUCUCAUAUCCUUUAGGUAUGGGAUUAAAACAGCAGCAUUAAAUCAAUGCAUGGUGAUCUUCUCUCUCCUGUUCAUAUUUAAAAAGCUCUGUCUAUUUACCAGCACUGUGUCAGUCAGUGAGACUGUAUUGUGAGGUUGUCUGGCCUUUCUCGCAGGCCUUGGGAUGAUAAAACAUUCUCGAGGGGGUUUCUUUUUCUGUGUUUGCAUAUCGCUGCUGCUAUGAACAACUCUGAUCCAAUCAGCCUCUGCUAUAAUGACCUUUGUUGUGUAAUUGAUUGAGGAUAUUCCAUUUUAAUGCAUCAACUGCAAGGACUUUGCAUUUACUUACAAAUAAAGAGAAACAUUUACAGAAUA